CGAGGAAGAGGAGGGGGCCAGAGCGGCGCCUCCCCCUGUCCCCCUUCGCGGUAGCGGAGUCAAACUUCAGCUCUCUCCUUCCUCGGGCCCCCCUCCCGCUCCAGAAUUGAGUUUGGGGGAGCCACCGGAACCCCCAAGAUGUCCCGCUCCAACAGGCAGAAGGAAUACAAAUGCGGAGACCUGGUGUUCGCUAAAAUGAAGGGAUACCCUCACUGGCCGGCCCGGAUUGAUGAAAUGCCAGAGGCUGCAGUGAAGUCAACAGCCAACAAAUACCAAGUUUUUUUUUUCGGGACCCAUGAGACGGCGUUCUUGGGUCCCAAAGAUCUCUUCCCAUAUGAGGAAUCCAAGGAGAAGUUUGGCAAACCCAACAAGAGGAAAGGUUUCAGCGAGGGUCUGUGGGAAAUAGAGAACAAUCCUACUGUGAAGGCCUCUGGCUACCAGCCAUCCCAGAAAAAAGGAUGCCCAGAAGACACUGAGCCGGAUCGAGAAGUGUCAGAGGGGGAUGGGGAGAAGAAGGGGAACACAGAUGGCAGCAGUGAUGAGGAGGGGAAGCUGGUGAUUGAUGAACCUUCAAAGGAAAAGAAUGAGAAGGGAGCACUGAAGAGGCGAGCAGUGGACUCACUGGAGGAUUCCCCCAAACGACUCAAGGAAACCCAGGACCCUGAGGGGGAGGGGGAUGAGAAAGAAGAGCUGGCCCUCGAGGGAGAAAGAGCCCUCCCCGCUGAGGCAGAGAAGAACAGCGCCCCCUCAGAGCCAGGCCCCGGCCGGGGUUUGGUGGAAGAGGAAGAGGAGGAGGAAGAUGAGGAAGAAGAGGAAGAAGAGGAGGAGGCUGCCAAGGAGGAAGGCCCUGCCCAGGGUGUCAGAGAUCACAAGGAGAGCCUGUAGCCGACAAUGUUUCCAGAGGAGCCCCCACCCUGUUCCUGCUGCUGUCUGGGUGCUAUCGGGGAAACUGGUCAUUGCCUGCAAACUGGGAACCCCCCCUUCUCCUGCCCCCUGUCCCUGAUACCCUGGCAUCGGCAGCUCUCUCUCUCUUUCUCUCUCUCUGAGCACCCCCUCCCCGCUUUCCCUCGGGCCCAGCCCGCACUGGGUAAGGAAGGAAGAGAUCAGGGCCUGGCACCACUCACCCCCUCCUCAGCCUUGAGCCCUUCUCCCCUGUCCUCAUGCCCCCAGCUCCGAUUUUGGGAGGACCCAGUUUUGGGGCAGGGUGCUAGCUUCUGAGGGCUCUUAUUUCAGUGGGGAGUUGGCUGGGGCUUUCCUGGACUGGCUAACUUUCUGACCUUUCCCUCAGCCUUUCCCCACCUCCACCCUCAUCCCUAGAAUGACUGAUGUGUUAGGAUGUGGGUUUGGGAAUGGAAAGGAUGGAAGAUGGGCUAAAGGAAGGGGGGGGCCCGAAGCUUGGGGCGAGGUACAGGACAUGAGGAAAGGGGUUGUCUCUUCAGGAGAAUAGUUUCUACCCUCCGCCCCCCUCACCCUCCCCUCCCCCGGAUGAUCUGCUGAUUCAGGGAAAGUCUGACAACUGGAGUGGGGUUAGGUGGGAGAAUAAGUGCUUGGUGGUUGGUCCUCAUUCCUGUGGCUGAUACCCUAGAGCAUUCUGGGAGUGACAGUUGCCCCCUUCGUUGUUUCUAAAGUCACUGCCUUGGGGCACUGAGGGUCUAGCAAGGGGUUAGGGUAGUCCUUUAGUAGGUUCUUGGAGAAGGUGGCCUGAGGAGGGUAUGGAUGUAUUUGAAAGGAAACCAUCUCCAGUGAGGGGAGAGAGAUGGCCCCUCCUACUGCUUGCUACCUGUCCUCCUGCCUCUGGCAUCAUAAAUCUCCCUCUGUAGUACCCAAUGCCUGGGAAGAUGAAAUGAGAUGGGGAAGCUGGGUAUAAACUCCUCCCCUUCACUCCUCUUAUUCCCCACCCCCCUGGUGCUUCAGGCCCCCCCUACAGGAAUAUUUAUCACCAAGGCAAAGAAAAAAGUAAAGUGGCAUUUUUUAAGGAAACAUUUUUAAUAAAAAAAAAUUAACAAAAAAAAAAUUUUAAA